AUGUCGGACGGCGUCACCAACCCCCGCGAUACCGCCACCGGAGCCUUCGCCGAGGAGAAGGGCAAGGGCAAGACCGCGCAGCGCGUGCACGACAACGCCCCAACGGACGAGGAUGACGAUGAUGAAGAUGACGACGACGAUGAUGAUGAUGAAGACUUUGAAGGCGAGAACGAGAACGACGGAGAAGACAUUGAGGACGGCGCCGAAGAGGUCGACCUUGACAACAUUGUUGAGGGCGGCCGUCGAACCCGUGGCGCCAAGAUUGACUUUGCUAAAGCUGCCGCCGAGAACCCCGCCGACGACGAGGACGACGAGGAUGACGAGGACUUUCAGCCCCCGGCUCAGGACACGGAGAUGUCUGGUUAA